UAAUUAAUUCAAUAAUAAAUUUUAUUAAGUAUGGAACCAUAAAUCAAAGAAUUUGUAAGUUCAUUACUAAAAACUUAAAUUACUGACAAUCUAACAAUAACAGACAAGGAAAAAAGGUUAAACCAUCAAACAGGGCUUAUGUAUAUAAUAAAUGUCAAUUUUGCGUAGAUGUUUCCUCCAAGGUUAUUGUCUUGAGAUUGGAUUUCAAGUCUAACCUAAUAUGAACCAAGCUAUAUCUCACUAUCUGCAUGGUAUUAAGUUCUUCGCUGAUCCCUUAUGUGCACACCAAUUGGAGCAAUAUUAUAACAAAAAUAAGAAUAAGAUCUUGGCUUCCUUGUAAAUAAUAAUAGUUAUGAAAAUUUAGCUGCAAAUGUCUCUAUUACUUACUGAUUGAAUUGGUUUAUGAAAUCAAACAUCAACACAAAAAGAUUGAAUGUGAAAAAUACAACGAGGCUCUCUAAGAGUUAGCACCGACUCCUGAUAUUCCUUUGAAUCAAUUAAGCAACUUCCUUUAGGCUCUCUAUCUUUUCAGAGAAAAUGAAUCAUAACAGCAUUACGAUUCACUUUUGACGAAUUACGAAUAAAUGGGGGCUAAAAUACAUGCCUAUCCCCUUCUAAUCAAGCAAUUCACUUAAUAAACAAAGAAUCCUGACAAAUUACCUGAUACUAUUUAUAAGUAAAGUUAACUGGUAAAUCCAGAUCCUUACCUAAAUCAGGUAUGUAUUUAAUUUUAACAGAAAGAUAGUGUUUAUAUAAUAUUUCCCUUUAUGGGAUGAUUGAUAGUACACAUUUAAAUUCAAUUCGUCAAAUUGUUUUCGAAUUGAGUUUUCUUCAUAGACCAAACCCUUAUGCGGAAGUGAUUGAACAAUUAUACAUAAGAGGGACUCAAUAUAUGAUUCAUAGAAUAUUGCUGUUUCAAAAACGAGCAAAGGCAUUAAAGGAUCAAGAUUUGUAAGAGGAGGAAAUGAAAUUCGUGGACUCACAAAAUUCAUUGAUUAGCCUUUACAUAUUGGGUAAACGACAAAGGGACAAGUCAAAGAAUUGUCUGUUGUGCAAGGCCAAGGAACUACUUAAGAAUCCUUGGCCAGAAAGUCCUUUUAUCAUGUUUGUUUACAUGUUUUAUUAGGCUAAGUUGGAAUUGCAUCAUCAAAACCAUGAUGGAUAUUAAAAAUUGCUUGAUUAAAAUCUAUUUGAAGAAUGCAAGCAGUAUUAUGAUCGAAACAUUUUGCAUUUCAAGUAGGUUAGGACCUUGCAAUUUUAUUCAAUUCGAAGGAGGUUAGAUAAGCAAAGAGAUAAGGUAACAUUCAAAAACAAACAGAUUCAAGCAAUGUUCGAUUAGAGGAAAGUGCAACAAUUGGAUCUAUCUCGAGGGAACUUUUAAUAAAUUCAAUUAAGUCAAAUUGAAUUGAGAAGAUCAAUUAUAAAUCAAUCUCCGGAGAGGAAGGUUAUAGAUACAAUCAAAUAAACCUAAAGUGUUUAUGUUAACAGUGGGAAUAAGAGGGUAAAUUUCGAUAGAACAAUUCAAGGCCCUCAAAUUUUACCAUAAUUGGAAGAGAAACAAAUGCAAAAGUCAAGAUUCAUUGAUUUAGAGAAUAAGAUCAGAUAUUCCAAAAUAAAUUUAAUAUAAUCUGAAGAUAUCUCUGAAAUAUAAUUUAUUAGUAAGAGCAAUCGAGAUGGCUAAUUGAGUUUAGGGAAAUACCAAGGGUAAUUGAUAUCCAUAAAGACAUUGGCUUACAUGAAUUAUGAGCAGAUAAACCAAUAUUUUAAGUAUGUGAAAAAGUUUGCUAAUUUGGAGCACUAAAAUCUACGAAGCAUAAUUGGAUACAAUAUAGACGAUCUAUAGGAAUAAGAUUUAAGUGGACAGAUACGCAUCAUAACUUAUAAAUAUGAUUAUAAUCUAAGAACCUUCUUGUAGAAGAACAAGAUUUCAACAAAAGAGAAAUGGCAUAUGGCAGUGUAAAUUAUAGAUGCCAUUUAUUAUCUGCAUUAACAUGAGGUGAUCUUUUGCAAUUUGCAUCCGAAUAACAUUCUAAUCGAUGGAGGUACACAUGUGCCAGUGCUCGUUGAUUUCGAUCUACAAUUUGACAAAGAAUACUUGGAUAUCAAAUAUAUGGCCAAAUAGGUUAUUGAAGAAGAAAUGCCAUUAUUUACUGAGAAAACUGACAUCUAUUCAAUCGGAUGCAUCUUACUUUAUUUAUUUUUUGGUUGUGAAUUUCAAUUUCAACAAUCAAAGUAUAUUUAUCAAUUUAAUUAGUCAUUCCACAACUCUUACUUUAGAAGCAUUCCAAACUUUGAAUCCCCAUUAAUCAACCAACGUGGAAUUUCUCAUACCUCCAGGGUCUGAGGCUCUAUAAGAGAGGGCGAGAGUCAUUACAUUGAAGUGUUUAAACGGCGAGAUGGAAUUAUUAGAUCUGCUUCAACAUUUUUAUGAUUAUGUUUGAUGAUCUAUUAUAUGUUGUUAUUAAUUAUAUUAUUAUUAACAGAUGAACUUCAAAUAGGAGUAAAGUUUAUCUAAAUAAAAAUCUAACAAAAAACUAUUAUUUAGAGCAGACCAUAUCCAAGUAACCAAUCCCAAGUCGAUUCCAACUACACCAACAUCCUCGAAGCUCCAAAAAGUGAAUUCCAAUGCGCGCAUUCAUACUGUUAAUGGCUCAGAAAAACACGAUAUAUUCCUCGAUCUUAAAAAUAAAAGAACAGCUCGAAAAUAAUAAAUCUCACUUGAUUCGGAGCCAAAAUAACUCUUUAGAAAAGCCAGUUAAUUAACAAUAUAAAGUGAUACGGAUCUAACCAAUUUCAUUCAAAUAAAAACUACUAGAACAACGAGAGAGCACAAAUUCGAAGAAUUGCAUCAAUCGAAGACACCCAACAACCAAUUAAUUGGAUUAGGAGAGAAAAAAAACAAAUUCAAAUAAUGCGAGUCACAGAAGAAUAAUAAUAUUUUGGAUUUACUUUUAUUAAAUACAUAAUAAUUGAAAGAUAUUUUCCAGAAAGUUAGGGAACCUUAGAUUCGAUCGAAACCAAAAAUCAACUAUAUUAAGGGAUUUCCAUCUGAUUUCUUUUCUAUAUAAUGA